AGAAAGCAGCCUGGCAACGCGACUGCACUUUCACAUAAAUCUAUGGUGGACUGCGCAGAUGAAGGAUAUGGCAGCGACCUUAUAUUUGAUCAAUGAUAGAUUUGCUCUAUCUGGGAAUUAGGAAAUAUCUCACUCUUUAGUGCACCCACCAUCUGAAUGGAAACAUGGACACCACCUACAAAGGAGGAAUUGUAGUCGACAAUGUCCAGGAACUAUGAGCCUGGUCACUCAGUAGGGAUGUUGGCUACUGUGGAACAUGGUCCCAUACUCUGCAGCGACUCCAACAUCCUCUGCCUCUCCUGGAAGGGCCGGGUCCCCAAGAGCGAGAAGGACAAGCCUGUGUGCCAGCGGCGCUACCAUGAGGAGGGCUGGUUGGCCACUGGGAACAGUAGAGGGGUGGUGGGCGUGACGUUCACAUCCAGCCACUGCAGGAGAGACAGGAACACUCCUCAGAGAAUCAACUUCAACCUGCGAGGACACAACAGUGAGGUUGUGUUGGUUCGUUGGAAUGAGCCCUUUCAGAAGUUGGCCACGUGUGACAUGGAGGGAGGCAUCUUCGUCUGGAUUCAGUAUGAGGGACGGUGGUCUGUAGAGUUAGUGAAUGACCGUGGUGCCCAGGUGAGUGAUUUCACGUGGUCCCAUGAUGGCACUCAGGCCUUGAUCGCCUACAGGGAUGGGUUUGUCCUGGUGGGGUCAGUCAGCGGACAGAGACACUGGUCCUCAGAGAUCAACCUGGAGAGCCAGAUCACCUGUGGCAUCUGGACACCUGACGACCAACAGGUGUUGUUUGGUACAGCCGACGGUCAGGUGAUAGUGAUGGACUGUCAUGGUCGCAUGCUGGCCCAUGUCCUGCUACACGAGUCAGAUGGCAUCGUCGGCAUGUCAUGGAACUGCCCCUGCUUCCUAGUGGAGGACAGCACAGAAAGCGACACUGACUCUGAUGACAAUAACCCACCUCAGGUGCGUAUCCUGAAGCCCCUUCUGACAGUUAGCUUCAUAUCAGGAGACAUCAGUUUGAUGAACAACUACGAUGACCUCGCUCCUACCGUCAUCCGCUCAGGACUCAAAGAUGUGGAGGUCCAGUGGUGUUCUCAAGGGGACCUCCUGGCCGUAGCUGGGAUGGAGAGACAUGGGCUCCCUGGAGUCCCCUCUGACUCUAUCGUGAGGAACGCCCUGGUCAAAUUCUACAAUGUCCAAGGAGAACAUAUCUACACGUUAGAAACACCUGCCCAGCGCCCCAUCACCACUAUCUGCUGGGGCCACAGAGACUCUCGUCUGUUCCUGGCGUGUGGCACGGCGCUGUACGUGGUGCGGGUGGAGCACCGGGUGGCCAGCCUGCAGCUGCUGUGCCAACAGGGCAUCGCCAGUGCCCUGCGGGAGGAGAGGGACGUGGGCAAACUAAACAUGCCCUCCUUACUCUGUUCCUACGUCACAACCGCCUUCAUACCCACCAUCAAGCCUCCUAUUCCUGAUCCCAACAACAUCCGGGACUUUGUCAGCUACCCCACUGCUGGUAACGAGAGGCUGCACUGCACCAUGAAGCGAGCGGAGGACAACCCAGAGGCAGGGGGACCCUGUUACACCCUCUACCUGGAACACCUAGGUGGUCUGGUGCCCAUCCUCAAAGGCAGACGCAUCAGCAAGCUACGGCCAGAGUUCAUCAUCAUAGACCCUAAAACAGACAGCAAAGCAGAUGAGGUGUGUGUGAAUGCUAUGAUCUCCUACAUGACUGACAGCUGUAACUGUUCGGACUCCAGCGACAUUGAGUUGAGUGAUGAGUGGGUCGGGAAGAAGUCGCCUAAACUAUCCAGAGGAAACAGGUCACCCAAGCUUUCCAGAAGGAACAUGGAAUCUAGAAAAUCUCCCAAAAUGUCCCGGGCUAGUCAAGAAGGCCCACGAUCACCCCGGUUACCAACAAAGAAACCUCCAAUUCGAUCUCCCAGUUUGACGCGUCGAGAGAUGUCCAUGGAUGGAAUCUCUGAGCAUAAUUAUCUUGCUCAAGUCACGUCCAAUAUUUGGGGGACAAAGUUCAAAAUCGUUGGACUUGCUUCUUUCCUACCUGCUAAUCUUGGUGCAGUUAUCUAUAAGACCAGUUUGCUCCAUCUACAACCAAGGCAGAUGACAAUCUACCUUCCGGAGGUGCGGAAAAUAUCACUUGACUUCAUGAGCCUGCCUGUCUUUAACCCAAACGUCUUCAGUGAGGAUGAGGAUGACUUGCCAGUGAUGGGACCAUCUGGAGUGACAAGUGACAACCCUCCCUGUACGGUCAACAUCCCCAUCGCACCCAUCCACAGCCCUGCCCAAGCCAUGUCCCCCACUCAGAGCAUUGGACUGGUCCAAUCCCUGCUGGCCAAUCAGAACAUCCAGCUGGAUGUCUUGACCAAUCCCACGGCUACGGCUUCAGCAGCAGCGGCGGCGGCCGCUGCAGCAGCCUCAGCCUCUAUUGCAGGGCCUGAUCACAGUCAGAAUGCAGUAGCAGCACAGUGCAGUGGGACUCUAGGAAGGUACUCCAACCCAGGACAGGUGAUCUUUAACGGGCUAGAGAUGGGUCCCCUCCUAGCUGGAACACUACCUCCACCUCCUCCUCCACAUCACCUCCCUCAACAACCUCAACAACAACGUCCUCAAUCGCAACAGACACACCAACAACAGUCCAAACAACCACAGCAGAUACUAACCCAACAGCAGCAGCAGCAACAACAACAGAGAAUGCAACAGCAUCAACAACUACAGCACCAGCAACAGCAGAUUCAACAACAACAUCAACAACUACAACAGCAUCAUAUACAGCAGAUCCAACAGCAGCAGCAGCAACAGACUCAGCAGCACCAAGCACUGCAACAACAGCACCAACAACAACAGGCGGCACUGCAACAGCAACAACAGCAGAUCCAACAGCAGCACCAACACUUGCAACAACAGCAAAUCGCUCAGCAGCACCAACAGAUGCAGCUGCAGCAUGAGCAAAUGCAUCAGCAGCAGCAGCAAAUGCAGCAGCAACAACAGCAGAUCCGACAGCAGAUUAUAGAGAUGAGGCAGCAACAGCAGCAGCUGCAGCAGCAACAUCAGCAGAUACAACAGCAACACCAACAGAUGCAGAGGCAGCACCAACAAAUGCAGCAGCAACUGAAGCUGCAGAUCACCUUGCCCCCUCCGCCUACUGGCUAUCCCACCAUCUCUCUGCAGCAGUUCCAGGUACUGCAACAGAUACCCCACCCCAGUGCAGAGUUGGGACCAGAAAGAGGAGAGCAGGGGCAUACUCAGAGCCAUACUCUGGGCAGGCCAAGUCUACCGCGAUCCAGGCCUCCAUCAUUCAUUGAUGUAGACAGCUUACGGUCUAGACCUCCUUCCUUCAUCGAAGCAGACACAUCAAGAUCUAGACCACCGUCAUUCAUCGACAUAGACACAAUACGGACUAGACCUCCUUCUUUCAUUGAUGCAGAUACAGGUACAUUGCGGUCUAGACCCCCGUUGUUCCUCGAUGCAGACUCCUCCCGAUCCAGACCUCCUUCAUUCAUAGACACAGACACACUACGGUCUAGACCUCCUUCCUUCCUCGAUGCAGAGACUUCCCUUGAGAUCCAGAUGAGGAAGGUGAACCCUCCACCACCCUACCCAGGCACCGUAGUUUCUGCAGCCACCGCCACAACCUCCAGCGCUCCUCAGACCCUCAUCACCAACUGUGACAACCCCAACAUACUGGUCACAGCAGACCUGUGUCUGAAGAAAGACGAGUUCUCACUCCACCCAGUUGGUCUCCAGUACCAGAUGGGAUACGAGAGGAUCACAACCUUUGACAGCAGUGGGAAUGUAGAGGAGGUGUGUCGCCCUCGCAGAAGACUCAUACGCAACCAGAACGCCUACGCUGUUCAAGGUAUGGGAGGUUCUGCCACACUUAAAGUCACCUCAUCGUCUGACAGUAAGAAAGUCCAGCUUCCUUACAGCUCAGCGACUCUAAGCCGCCUCUCUGUGCCACGAUACUCCAUACCCAGCAGAGACCCGCCCCCCUACCCAGAUCCAGCCAAUCAGGUUAACAUUAACACGACGACACUUCCUCCUUCCCAGCGCAUGGACAGUAGUCACAUGAUUCACGCCACCUUGCGACCUGACCGGCGAGACGUGGAAUCUCGCCUGAAGGUGUCCCAGAUGGUUGACGCUUCAAGGACUCUACCAACCAAGUCUAAGGUCAACAGUGCUGCCCUAGCGCUCUCUUACCAGCAGAGGGUGCCCACGGCUCUGUAUACCUGCACUCAGUGCAGCAGCAACAGCAGCAGCAGCAGCAGCACCAGUGUCAGUGUUAGUGGUGGUGCUAGUAGCAGCAGUGGCAUCGCAGGAGGCACUGUAGUGCGACAGGAUUUCCCACCAGGAAAAGGUGCUCAUCACAGCACCAUCAUUGUUCACUCCAAAAGCACUUCGCCUCAAGCUUCUCAGUCAUCUUACAAUCUGCUGAGUCCUGUUGAUAACAGCAGGGAUAGGACUGUGUAUGUGAACUCUGCCUUUACCGAAGACGAGACAUUAAGUCAGCAGUGUCGUCACUUGACUCUUGGGGAAGUUAGUUUGACUCUGAAACGUCCUCCACCAUACCAGUGGGACCCAAACACUGCAGAGGAGUUCUGGAUACCCCCAGAACAGACUAUCUUAGCUCCUCCUCCACCACCAACGCACAAACCACCACCCCCGAUCAUCUUCAGCAAUGCUCAGCAUCUGGACAUGACACGGCUGCCUUUUGUACUCUCAACAAAACCUCCCAGCAGCCCAAGUACUGUUACUUUCCCAUCAGGUUACCAGAUCUCCAUGUCACCUUUCCCUCCAGGGGUAGGUCAGGAUGGAUCCCCACUCCAGUCCAUGCAGAGCAUUCCACCACCCUGCCCUCCCAACGAAGUAGUUGCUCCAGUCCCCCAGUUUUCCCAGCAGGACCCCAACCUGGUCUUGCCACCUGGAUACCCUCCCAAUCAUGCCAACCUAGCUUGCUGCCCUCUGCCCCCGAUGUACCCAGGGGCCACCUCCUGUGCUGGGCUUCAGCUGCACCCUGUUAGCCUGCACCCCUGGAACCCAUAUAGCCUACCCAUGCAGGACCUGUCAGGCUCUGCCACCCUCCCCAGCAAGUCUCAUCAGGUGUUAGAGAAGCCAGUCCUCUCCCCACCUCCUUCUAUUGUUCCCCCCCCACCACCUCUUACACUUCCUCCUCCUCCACCAACCGAACUGCCGAAAUCCAAAAGCCCUACAAAGGAGCUGGCGGAAUCUGCCAGUAGCUUCCAGGAGCCGUCUUCUCUAAACGAAAGCCCCGUUCCAGACCGACAGGGGUCCGACAUGUUCAGCAAGAAAAGUCGUAAACGUCUCGACAGCCGAGCCGAGGCUGCAAACAUGACCACCGUCUCAGAGAGCAAAUCCAAAAAGGAAGGGCGCGCACUCUCCGACUUCAACUCCCUCAUCUCCAGCCCCAGGCUUGGCGGCAGGGAGAAGAAGAAACUCAAAGGCCAGAGGGAGCAGCUGAACAAAACCAAGAAGCUCAACAGGACCAGUACCACCAGCGAGUUCCAGGACAGUUCGGAGAGCGAGCCCGAGCUCUUCAUCAGCGGAGACGAACUGAUGAACCAGAGCCAGAGCUCCAAGAAGGGUUGGAAGAGUAAGAGGAGCCUGAGGAUGGCCAGUGAACUGGAGGAGAUUAAGUGCAGGAAGGCCAAUGAGAGAGAGGACCGCGGGCUGGGCAGCCAGGGAUUCAUCUAUGUCAUGGCCAAUAAGCAGCCACUCUGGAAUGAGGCCACACAGGUCUACCAGUUGGACUUCGGAGGACGGGUCACUCAGGAGUCUGCUAAGAACUUUCAGAUCGAGCUGGACGGGAGACAGGUGAUGCAGUUUGGCAGAAUCGAUGGGAACGCAUAUAUCCUGGAUUUCCAGUAUCCUUUCUCAGCAGUGCAAGCCUUUGCUGUUGCCUUAGCCAAUGUUACUCAAAGGCUGAAGUAAGAGACUGCUCUAACCGGUGGUGUAGUGGAGAAUAUUUUGUGCAAGCGUUUACCUACCUUUUGCAGAAAAAUGCAUUGAAAGUAUAGGGAGCGCUACAUUACUCACCGCAAAUGGCGAUCAGUGUUUACCUACCUAUGUUUUUUACCACUACAUCACUGGCUCUAACCCAACGUCACAUAUGUGUUCGAAAAAAAGGAGGAAGGGAAGCGCUGCUAAGGUACACAAUAGUAGAUUGUGGGGUAAAUGAAUAUAAUUAAUUAAA